UUCUAAAUACCUUUCGUGCAGCCAGCUUCUCAUGAACCAGUAAUGGGACCCAGGUAGCUCAAUUUUUUUUGUUGCACUGCUGGUAUACUAAAAUCUCACUCAUUUUUGCAUGUAACUUGUGAAUCUAGUUCCGUAUUGUGUUCUGUCUGGAGAAAAAUGUUAUACCAGUACUUGUUAAAUGUUUGGGACAGUUUGAUAGAGUAAAUAAGUAUACCCUUCAAAGCAGUAGGAAUGGUGCUGAUGUUUCUUUGUGAGGUAGAGUGUACUAAAGUUAAGCUGUGUGUGUUCUGAAGCAAGUGGUAAAAGCUUUAUGCCAAAUGUUCUUCCCCAUUUUGUCUUUAAUGGAAAAAUGUGAUUGAGUAGGGUUACUGCCUCUGAACAUCAGAACGUGUGUUGUUACUGUUUAAUGGAUUCAGGUAACUCCGGAAUCUGAUAAGAAAUUGUUUUACCUUUAAAGUAAUGUCAAUAAAGACAAGGCUAGCAGGCCUGAGAACACUGGCUUAAAUACCACUGAGUGUGGUUGUUCUUUGUUUUUAUAAAAGAGUUAAUAGUAGUGGCCCAACUUUUAAAAUAGCUUUACAAACCGAGGCAGGUUUGUGCAGCAGCUGGCCUGUAAGUUGUCUUAGUUGGUGAUGCAAUCUCAUGGAUGCAACACAUCUCUUAGUGCCAGAAACGAUUGAAUAGAGUUCAUGCAUGAGCACAUGUUUCUGUGAUACAGAUUUUACUGCCUUAUAAAUGUACUGGGAACUGCUGAUGUGUUGUACUUUAAAAAUACAGUAGCUUUACAGAUACUAUACGAAACUUGAGAGUAAUGCAAGAACGUUGAUCUUUGAAGGGCUCUACUGAUUAAUAUUUAAAAAUAUGAAAGGAUGCAGAAUAGGAAGUAAUUAAAGAGUGUUCUGUGAUCUGUGUUGGGAAGGUUUAGCAAGUAUUAGGUCUUUGGGAAAAGGGUUUUCUGUGUAUUUUACAGAUGAAAAUGUGUUGUUCUAAAAUAUGUUCUUAACUCUUAAGGUUUUGAGAUUACCAUUGAACAUCCGCACACAGAUGUUGUGAAAUGCACGCAAUUAGUGAGAGGUAGCACUGAUUUCAAGUGAUAGCGUCAAAAUAAGAAUUCAAUGAAGGCUGCAUUCAAUCUUCAGUUAAUACCAUUGUGCCCAGCUAUCCCAUUAUGUACAUGUUACACAAGCAAGGAUUUGGCACAGACAUCCUAUUUCAUGGCUACCAACAGUCUUCACCUUACUACGUUCUGUCUUCAAUACAAGCCUACAGUGAUAGCUUGUGUGUGCAUUCACUUGGCCUGCAAGUGGUCCAACUGGGAGAUUCCAGUAUCAACUGAUGGAAAACACUGGUGGGAAUAUGUAGAUCCUUCAGUUACUCUGGAAUUGCUAGAUGAACUAACUCACGAGUUUCUUCAAAUACUGGAGAAAACACCUAGCAGGCUGAAGAGAAUUAGAAAUUGGAGGGCUAACCAAGCUGCUAAGAAACCUAAAGGUGAUGGACAGGUAUCUGAGAACUCACUUCUUGGCUCAUCUUUGGUCCAGAAUUCCAUUUUGGUGGAUACAGUUACUGGUGUAGCUGCAAACACAAGUUUCCAAAAACCAUCAACGUCAUUUCCUGCACCGGUACCUCUGACCUCAGGAAGUAUUUCUGUUCCAGACAGUCAUGCACCUGAAAAUUUGGCAAUACUAGCAACAGGAAUGCCAAGUACCUCAUACAAUUUGGCAUCGCACCAGGAAUGGCCUCAGCAUCAAGAACAAACAAGGACGGAACAAAUAUAUUCUCAAAAACAGGAGGCGUUACCUCCUAAUCAGUAUAAUAUGAACUUCCAACAAGGAACAUCUGUGCAGUUACACUCUGGAGUGCAUCACAGACCUGACAAACUUGCUGAACAUUCUACUGUCAAACAAGAAUAUUCUCAUAAGUCAGGAAACAAACACCACGGACAAGUUGCUGCUCCUAUAAUAAUUCCUCAAAAAAUGUCUUUGGAUAAAUAUAGAGAGAAACGCAAACUAGAAACCCUUGAACUAGAUGUAAGAGAACACUAUGUAGCAACUCCAGGUGAACAGACACAUAAAAAGCACGUGCAGGCACAGCCAGCCAGCAGCACUUCCGUUACAUCUCCUAUUAAAAUGAAAAUUCCUAUUGCAAAUGCAGAGAAGCCUGAAAAGCACUUGACUGAUAAGAAGGAAAAGAGUGGCUCGCUCAAACUCCGUAUUCCAAUCCCACCCACAGAAAAGGGUGCCAGUAAGGAGGAGCUGAAGAUGAAAAUUAAAGUUUCUUCUUCAGAAAGGCAUAGCUCAUCAGAUGAGGGUAGUGGAAAAAGCAAACAUUCGAGUCCUCAUGUUAGCAAAGAGCAUAAGGAAAAGCACAAAGAACAUUCUUUAAAUCGCCACCACAGCAUUGGUCAUAAGCAUUCCCAUUCACAUAGUGGUGGCAGCAAUAGUGGAGGCAGUAAGCAUAGCACUGAUGGAUUGACACCAACUGUUUUGAGGAGUCCUGU